ACGAUGUUGCAGAUGCAACUGCAAGUCGAGCCAAAUGCUUUGGGUAAACACAGGACCAUGGCUGCUGCUACAUCUACUGCUUCAAGGUGCUGUGGGUGAGCGCAAAUGGGAGUACGAGCCAGUGUUCGUGUCCACCCACACGACGGAUGAGCGACAGCUGAAGAUCGGUGCCAAAAUUGAUCGCCUGAAGCGCGGAGAGUUUGCCAUUUCUGCGUCCCUGGAGUGGAAUUAUGAUGUGGAUGAGACCACAAUGGUGGAGGGCCAUGCCUUUCGCAGCUUUUCUGGUGCCGAGAGCGCCUACAAGCUGAUACCGUUUUCCAUUCCAACCACCCCCUUCAGCAAGUUUAUCGAUACGUACUACAAGGAUGUGUUCAUCACAAAUCUCGGCAACUGCUCCAAUCUACCCAAGUUCAAGCGAAAAUUCCAGCUGCCUUGGCCGCGGGGCACCUACAACCUAACCCAAUGCGUGUUCAAUGGCAAGGGACUGCCGGAAGUUCUCCCUUUGGGCUACUACAAAAUAUUCUUUACCGCCAGUGGAGACAAUGAGCAGCCCACGUGGGGCUUCGUCAUGAUAUUGCAUACAACGGCCAAGUUUUUUUAAGUCCUACCCUUUGUUAACGGGAAUAUAAAUCUAUAUGUCAUACUGGUA